AUGGCCCUGUACUGCGGCGACAACUUCGGCGUGUACUCGCAGCCCGGCCUGCCCCCGCCCGCCGCCGCCGCCGCCGCCGCCGCCGCCGCCGCCCCCGGCGCCCCCCCGGCCUCCAGGGCGCCCUACGCGCUGGCCGACUACGCCGCGCCGCCCGCCGCCGCCGCCAACCCCUACCUGUGGCUCAACGGGCCGGGCGUGGGCGUGGGCGUGGGCGUGGGAGUGGGCGGCCCGCCCGCCGCCGCCGCCGCCGCCGCCGCCGCGUACCUGGGCGCCCCGCCGCCGCCGCCGCCGCCCCCCGGGGGCGCGGCCGGGCCCUUCCUGCAGCCGCCGCCCGCCGCAGGCACCUUCGGCUGCGCGCAACGGGCCUUCGCGCAGCCCGCGCCCGCCGCGCCCGCCUCGCCCGCGGGGCCCGCCGCGCCCGGGGAGCUGGGCUGGCUGUCGAUGGCCAGCCGCGAGGACCUGAUGAAGAUGGUGCGGCCGCCCUACUCGUACUCGGCGCUCAUCGCCAUGGCCAUCCAGAGCGCGCCCGAGCGCAAGCUCACGCUCAGCCACAUCUACCAGUUCGUGGCCGACAGCUUCCCCUUCUACCAGCGCAGCAAGGCCGGCUGGCAGAACUCCAUCCGCCACAACCUGUCGCUCAACGACUGCUUCAAGAAGGUGCCCCGCGACGAGGACGACCCAGGGAAGGGGAAUUACUGGACCCUGGAUCCAAACUGUGAGAAAAUGUUUGACAAUGGGAACUUCCGUCGGAAGCGAAAGCGCCGCUCAGAGGCCAGCAGCGCCUCCACCUCCACGGUGGCUGCAGGGACCACCAAGUCAGAAGAGGGGCUCUCCUCAGGACUGGGGUCUGGAGUGGGCGGGAAGCCCGAAGGAGACAGCCCCUCGGCUUUGCUAAGGCCGCCCCAGUCCCCAGAGCCUCCCGAGGGCACCAAAAGUACUGCCUCCUCCCCAGGAGGAUCCCUGCUCUCCUCCGCCCCUUGCCUCAACACCUUCUUCAGCAGCCUGAGCACCCUGAGUGUCAGCAGCAGUGGAGGCGCCCAGCGGGCCGGCCCGGGCAGCCGCCACCUAGGGAUCCAGGGCACCCCGUUGUCCUCCAGCGGCGCCUUCCCGGCCAGCUGCAUCUCCUCCGAAGCCCCGCCGGACACCUUGCAGCUCAGUAACGGUGCCAGCAGCGGCAGCGGCCAGAGGUCCUCCUACUACAGCCCCUUCCCUGCCAGCACCAGUGGGGGUCAGAGCAGCCCCUUCGGCAGCCCCUUCUACAACUUCAGCAUGGUCAACAGCCUCAUCUACCCCCGGGAGGGCUCUGAGGUCUAG